AUGUCUUAUCGAUACUUGCAAAUUUUCCUAUUCGGAUGUUGUUUCCUUCAUGUUAUUAAAUCAACAUUUCCAUACAAUAUUACAAACACGAAUAAACUCCUUUGUUAUUCAUGCAAAGGUGCUCAAUGUGAAACGAUUGCCAAUGAAGACGACAACGUCAUUGUUUGUAAUAAACACGCACAAUUAUGCUGGGCUGGCUUCAUUGAUCAACAGCCAUAUCGAACCUGUGCAAGUCGUUACUGUACGCCGACGGGCGUUUCCCUCGACAGUGACAUCCGAAUUGAAACAUGUUGCCAUGCUAGUUUAUGCAACUCAGUUCCACUCUCUUGGGCAAUAUGGAACAAGUGGUACAAAAGAUCAACAACUCAUCGUCCUGAGACAACUACGCUUCCGACUACCAAUAUAACUACAAAACAGGCAACAACUACUAAGAAAAUACAUACAACGCCGGGAAUUUUCAUUGUAAAUGAAAUUGAUAAUGACAGAGGUUAUCUAUUCAAACCUGAAAAAACCAAUGAAGAACAAGAGAAUAUAGUUCUAUCAAAACCAAAACUAAACACUAGUGAUCCAGCUAGUUUUGGCAUAACUUGGGAACGUAUACCAUACAACCGAGGUUGGAGCAAUCGAAUUGGUGCAUCUAGUGAAGCAAUAGACAUGGAUAAUGAAGCGAAUGGUCAGGGAAGCCGUAAUAGUCGAUAUCCAGAUCCUGUUGAUUCACUUUUCACCUCCCGUAAUAAAUUGAAUUCCAUCGAUUCUGACGACGAACAAGUUGACAACGAACAUAUCACAUCUCCAUCUCGAUCAAAAAGUACGGAUGGUCGUCGAACUCGGAACACUUCCAGUGCGCAAGCCUUUACUCCAACAGCAACUAGUGUCGAUCGAUUUAAAUAUGGCAUUCGCUAUAUUACCGAUGGAUUUGUACGUAAAGUAAGCAAACAGAAUAACGUCGGCCGCAUUCGUUCGUUAAAUCUCAGCAAUCUACGUGAUAAAAAGAUUCGUUACAUUGAAAAUCUUCAAACAUUAAUCAACUUAGAAAAUCUGGAUUUGUCGAAUAAUCUGAUCGAGAAGAUUGAUGGAUUGAAAACAUUGAAAAAGCUCAAGCACUUGCUUUUAGCAAACAAUUUCAUCAAUACAAUAUCGAACAUUGAAGAACUCUCUCGUCUAGAAAUUCUCGAUCUUCAUCAAAAUCAGAUUCAAACAAUACCUGUUUGGUUCGGACGAAAGUUAUCCUUACUGAAAACUCUGAACUUAGCUAACAAUCAAAUCGCGUCAUUUGAUCAGAUAGCACGAUUGCGAACGUUAUAUGAAUUACGAGAACUUUAUCUUCAAGGAAAUCCUCUUGAUCAUAAUGAACAUUAUCGGUUGCUUGUGAUUUCAUAUGUGCCAAGUUUGCAAACACUAGAUGGAACUCGAAUAACUGAUGAAGAACGAAAACAAGCGAAAGAACAAUUUAUCCAACAAGAAGUUCAAAAUCUACUUCAUGAACUAGAACGUCGUGAUAAUGAAUGUCGACGGUUGAGUACUCAAGCAACGACUAAUGAACAACAACUAGAGAAAACGAGUGAUAAACUACAAUCAAUUGAAAGUAAAAGUGUUUUACAAGCAAAAGAAAUUCGAGAAUUACAAGAACGGUUAGCUACUAGCGAAGGACUUCUUCAACGGAAGACCGCAUUACUUCAUCAAUCUUGUGAGAAGCAAUUUAAACUCGAACAAGAAUUAGCUUUUUACAAAAUCGAUUUAAAAUUCGAUCGACUUAAUCUGUCAAGACAGUUGAAUCGAAGAAAUAGUCUUGAUCAAAGGACUAACGACGAUAGUCCUUUCACAUUUGAUCAAUUUCUCGAAAAUGCAGAACAACGAUCUACUGGUGCUAGUCAUUGGCAAGCCAAUGACGUUCAACGAAUAUUAGGCAGUGCUCCUGAUGGUAAAUUUCACCAUACUGGUAUGUUAGAACCCUCUCAUUCGAACCGCUCAACAUACAUUUUCCGAAAAAUAGACGACGAAAGACUAUACAACGAGAAGUUAUUACAACUUGCCCUGAGUAUCAAUGAAUUAACAUCUAUGCAAAAUAAACAACAGCGAAUUGAAGAAAGUUUACAAAGUGUACCGCAAGGAGAUGAAUUCCAUGCCACAGUGGAACAUCUCUCCGAUGAUCUGAAUAAUCUACAGACUGAAAUAAUGAAUAAAGUCGAUGAUGUGCAUGAACUGAAACUCGUUCUCAGCAAUCUACGAACCGAUCAAGGAAAUGGCUUGGAUUCCGAUUUGGAACAAGUUACCAUCGAAUUGAAACUUGACGAAGGUGUCCGACAACAUAUUAUCAAAGCGAAAGAAGCGCAAUCAGCUAAUCCUAGCAACGGUGAAACAUUUUUUGAACUGACAUCUUCUCAAGGAACUCCAUUAUCAGGUGUAUCGACACGUGUAGAUCUACUUGAGAUUGCUUUAGCAGCGAAUGUUGAACAACUUCGAGCAAAAGAAAUAAGUGAACACGAAGCACAAAAUAAAAUUCUCGAAUUGAAAAGUGCAUUGCAACGUGAACAAAAUCAAGCGCAUGAACGUAUUCAACAUAUUGAAGACAUGGCUGAACGAGAGAAGCAACGCAUUCUGAAACAUUUGGAAGAUGAAAAACGAUUUACACGAGAUAUUAUCUCGAAAUCGGAAACGAUGAUUGAACAACUCAAACGUGAAUUAAGUUGUGAACGACGAAGGAAGACAGAAGACGAGAAGAAUCGAGAUGCACUAAGAGAUAUUUAUAAGAAAAUUACACCGCAACCAGGUAGAAAUUUAACAAAAUUCAAUCAAAACGAUACUUUUACGAAAGAUACAAACCAAGGCCCUGAUAAUCGCGACGACGACAACGACGACGAUGAUGAAGAAUCUCGGUUAGAUAAUGAAACAACAGUAUAUCACAAAGAUGAUCCAUUUUUUGCAUCGACACCACGUGAUCAGUCGUUCUUAAUGGAAGAAAAUGAGAAUUCCGAUUCGAAUGCACUUCGUCGUCAACUUGAAGAACAACUGAGAAAUGUCGAGGAUGAUUCCGUGAUAGUUGAUCAACAAGAGCGACCAACCAAAGAACCAACAACGUACCGUUCAGGCUUGCCACCUAUGUCAAAACGAAGAUUAACUAAAAAUCCAAUAUCGAGUGCAUCCUCAACAUCAUCAUUUGAAAAAUCACAAAAGCCAAGGACAAAAAUCGACUCGACAUCAAAUGUCGAAGAUGAAGAUGAAAAUGAUUUACUGCUUCGUCUUCACGGUUAUAUGAAAGGUGGCCAAGCAAAUACGUCUGGCUUGGGAGAUCUUGCGCGAACAACAGUCAAUGAUUCAGGUUACUCAAGUCAACAGACGGGUAGAGAAACCAAGAAGACCAAUGAUAAAUUAGAAUCUCUUCUUUCGACUCAACCGUUCUCUUGCUACAACAAAUGCUUUAUUGAUCCCGAACAAUUCAAUCGUGAAUAUACCGUCGGUAUUGUCACCGCAAGAACUGACCAACAACAACAACAGCGUUUCUAUGAUUCAUCCAAAGUUGGUAAUGUUACCUUGUAUCCAACGCCAGAUGGUUAUGUUCUCGGACCGCACUCAAUCACGGUUCCUCAAGAAACUUUACCUCUCUAUGCCAAUGGAUCUCCACCACAUUCACUGACACAUACCGAUUCUCAAUAUUUUGCAUGUGUCAGUAUCCCACCGGAUGCUCUUUCUUCGAAUCGUCCGUCGACAUCCUCACGAGAUAAUCGAGAGGAAGUACGUUUACAAGGACCUAUCAUUCUUCGUCAAGAUACAGUGGCGAAAUCUGAAAAUGUUUCUCCUGUCUCAGUUAAACUUCGCAGUUUGAAGUUUCCUGAAGUUGAACAAAGUCCAACUACAGAUUCGAAUUUAAUUCGCCGUGAAAUUGAUCGUACUUCGGAUGAACUUGAUUAUCUUCGAUUGAAACUUCAACAGCAAGAAGAAAAUCUUCCACAUGAUCAUCAAUUGCACGCGUUCAAAGACUUAUUGGAACAACAAAUACGAGAAAUUGAACGUGUCAAAACUAUUCAUCGAGAUAUAAUCAACAGUGGCCGUGGAAGUGAAGCGAAUCUUCUUGAUAUCUCUCAACAAGUUCAACGAAUCCAACGAAAUGUGCAUGAAAAUUUAAGUCCAUCACUGACGCGUCUAACUGAAGAAGCAACCCGAAUCAAUCCGAGCAGAUUAAUUCCCAUAUCUGGUGAUAACCAUUGGAUAUGUACAGUUCCGCGUCAUGCAGAUUUAGAACAAAUCAUUGCUGAUCUCGAACGUAGACUUGAACAACAACGCAGAGAAUUAACUGAUCUGCGACAGGAAAAUCGUCGCUUAAUGAAACGAUCAAUGAAAAUGGAUGCUCUAGAUUUAGCUUCAACACACAAACGAUCACGGUCGAUUGCUGAUCUAACCGAUAAAGAAAAUCUCCAAGAUGAUAUUUUCAUUUUGGAACAACAACUUCUCCGACGACAACGCGAUAUUGCAGUUGCCAACGAACAAUUGAGAGAAAUGACCUCAUUAUCACAUAGCGUUGUUCAAGACUUAAAAGCCGCUCGUCAACGACAAGCAAUUGCCAAACGUGAAACUAAAGGCCUCGAACAAAAAGUCGAGAUCUUAACUCGAAAACUGUAUACUCUCACUAAUGAUACAAAACAAGCAGAUGAAUCCUUUGUGAAAGCAUCGAAUAAUUGUCAACUAAUGACCAUGGAACAAAGCAAAUUAGACAAGAUCAUCGAUGAAAAACGAGCUUUAGCGAUCGUUCUCGACGAACAACUCCAUGCAUCGUUCCAUUCAUUCAAUUCUCUUCUUCACACAUCAAUGAAAUGUUUACAAGAAUUAACAUCCGCUAUUGCUACAGAAGAUGAAUUACGCUUCAAUUCGUUACCUUCACCAUCAUUUCAACCACCAUCCCAAUCAUCCAAGAUUCCACCGGAAGAAAUGCAACGACAGAUUUCACAUAUAAUCGCGGAAAAUAGUCGUGUUCUUUCGCGCUAUCAUGCGAUGUUACAGCAGCAAAAACAAAAAUCUAGUUCACUGAAAACUGAAGUUACCGAAGGCGAAACCAUGCUUGCCAAUGUCAAAUCCGAACUAGAUGCAUACAAUGAACAACUAAGAAAGAACGCCCAGGAACUUCUCCAGGAUAAGAAUGUUUUGGAAGAACUGGAACGAGUCAAAGAACUGAAAUCAGAUAAAUUAUCUGAACUUGAACGGCUAAUCGAACGUCGUCAAGCGCAAGAAAAACAUGCCCAAAAAGAAUUAGAACAAUUAGCGAAUGAACAGCAGCGUUUAAAGAAACAAUACAAAGAUGCUGUUGUUGAACACGAUCAACUGCAACAUAAUAUCGAAGCUGAUCGUCAAAUUCUCAGUGAAAUGAAAAACGAAUCAGAACAAUUACGUGAACAAAUCAAAACAUUCAUGGAUGAAAAAGAACAACUGGAUGAAGCAUGUGAUCUAUUAGCGAAGAAAUGUGAAGCGUUACAUAAUGCGUGCAAAGAGAAGGAGCAGAGUAGUUUGCCAGGACUGAUUUCUCAGAUCGAUGAGAAAUUAACUGUAUGCAAGAGUCUAGAAGAUGAAGUAAUCAAACUGAAAUCGGAGAAGACACGCUGUUUGGAAGAAGUGACUGAAAUGAAGGAAAAAAUCGAAAAGAAACGUAUCGAACUCGGACAUCCAACAAACGACUUCGAUACCGAUCGGCUCAAUCAAGAUCUACGACAACGUAUGAGACGUAGCGAACAAGAUUUAGAUCGCAUCAACCAAACGAUCGAAGAACGUAAUCGCACGUUAAAUGAAUUGAAUACAAUGGUCGCAUACUCAAGAAGUAUCAUGAAGGGCGGUCCAAUAAAUGAAAAUUAUCGAAAUCUCAAAUCCGAUCCAUCAUCGAGCUUUCCACUCAUGGAUCAACGAUAUCAACAAGAAAAUCACAUGUAUUACGAGACAAAAGUCCAACGACUAACGGCAACUCUGGACGAAAAAGAACAAGAACUGCGUGCAUUAAAUAUGCAAUUAAUCAUGGCAAAAGAUGAGCUUCUUCAAAUGCAAUACAAAAUUCAAAAUCAGGAAACCAAUGCCGAAGCCGUUCGAAAUUCUAUGCAAGUUGAAUUAGAUAAACUUCGACAUUGGUUACAAAUCUAUGAAAAUCGUAAAGCUGUUCUACGUCCACAAUAUCACGAAACAUUGAAAGAAUUAGAAUUGAAAUUACACGAACAGGAAAUGUUCUUCCGCAAACAAAUCAAAGAUCUCGAUGCGGAAAUGAAACGAAAAUAUCAUGGCAGACCCACUGAUGAUUCCGGAUUCUUCAGCGAUACAACUAUUGGUGAUAACCGUAUUUCUCCAUCAAUCGAUACGAACGAUACAUCGAUGUUACGUGAACAGAUUCAGAAUAUAUUUUCUCAACAUGCUCAAGAAUUGGAUAAAUGCAAUUCGAAAUACAAAACGAACUUAUCGAACUUAAAAAAUCGUCUUCAUGAAUUAGAAAAUUCCACAAUCAAUACAACGACCUAUUAG